AAAAAUAACUAAAGAUAUCUAUUCUAUUCUAUUCAAUUCUAACGAUAUACGCUAUUCAAACGACACUACCCACCUCUAUUUUGUAAUUAUCUACCGAAUCCCCUUCAUAAGCGAAGAAUAUCAAUUUCAACCACACUAGUGAAAUCACGACACGAACCAACACCCUCCACAAUGCUGAAACUAAUUCAAUCGAAAUUGGAAGACCCAAACGAGCCAUUUUUGGGCCCAAAUCUAAAAUCUCUACACUUUUGGGGCAUCAUCCUACCGAACAAUGCGUUCAAACGUAAAAUCUACAUGUGCAUGCACGCCUCUCUGCUUUUAUUCGCGUCAAUAGUCUACGUAGACAUCUGGUUCAUACGAUCCGACUUUGACCUUCUCCUUAAGAGCAUAAAAUACAAUCUUCUCACGACUAUAAACUGCGUGAAAAUCGUCACUUUCGUUGCAUGGCAAGGCGAGUGGUUAGAUGUCAUUAAAUACGUGUCGAACGCAGACAAAAAAUCGCGCGCGAAGAACAAUGAAGUGCAGAAUGGAAUCAUCCAAUCGUAUACGAGAUACUGCCGCGUAGUGACGUACUCCUAUUGGUUCCUGACAUGCUGCACUGUGCUCACGGUGGUGUUACAGCCAAUAGCGAAGUACUGUUUCUCUCCAGCAUACAGGGAGAGCGUGAGGAAUGGUUCGGAGCUGUUCGAUCAAGUGCUAAGUCACAAGGCGCCGUUUAACUACGACCAUGUGCCAGAGUACAUAAUAGCCCUAACCUACACGACGUGGGCCACAAUCUACGCUGGUGGCCUCAUCAACUCCUUCGACACCAUCUCUAUCUGCAUCAUGGUGUUCUUCAAGGGAGAACUGCAAUUGCUGGAGAACUCUUGCACGAUGCUGUUUGACGGUGGAGAUAAGGGUAGUGUCUUCAGGAAUGUGAAGGAGUGCCAGAAUCGACAUGCCGAGUUGGUGAAAUACGCGUCAGUGUUCAACGGCUGUCUAUCUCCCAUCAUGUUCUUGUACGUGCUCGUCACUUCAUUCGGCCUGUGUGCCAGCGUCUACCAGAUCACGAUCGAAACCAGUACCAUGCAGAGGCUCUUGACGGCUGAAUACGUCAUCUUUGGGGUCGCUCAGCUGUUGUUCUACUGCUGGCACGGCCAUGACGUCAUCCAUGCGAGCCAUUCGCCCAUGCGAGGAGUCUUCGAGAGCGGAUGGUGGAAACACAAUCACUGCAGGAAAGAGAUAUUACUGCUGACGGGUCAGCUGGACCAGAGAGUUUACUUCACCGCGGGUCCCUUCUUCAACCUGACACUCGGCUCCUUUGUUAACAUACUAAAAGGCGCUUACAGUUACUACACUCUGAUAACUCAAAAACAGUGAAAAAUCAUUCUAAUAGAGCUAAUGUAUCUACUAUUGAAAUUAUAAUUAACAUAAACAAUGUUCUACACUUAAUUAUUCAGAAUUUAUGGUAAAUAAAUAUUACUUAACUUCCCAAAAA